GAAUCUGGUUCAAAUAGCGUUAAACCCUACUUUCUCUCUCUUUUCUUCAACAGCCGCUUCUAGGCUCUCUCCCCCUCAUAUUCUCACCGCCGCGUUCUGCACGUUGGGAAAAUGGGCAGGAUCCUCAUGCCCGAGCUCUAUCGGGCCAGCUCUGUUGAGUGGAAUCCAUCACCAGUGGUCGCCUUAGCCACCAGCGACGACAACUUUCAGGUCGCCGCUGCUCGCGAGGAUGGUUCUCUUGAAAUUUGGCUUGUCUCUCCUGGCUCCGUUGGCUGGCACUGUCAACUCAGAAUACAUGGAAAUCCCAAUUCAAGGAUUUCAUCGUUGGUUUGGUGCCGGCCAGGGUCAAGAGGCCUGCCUUCAGGUCGGCUAUUCUCGUCGAGUAUUGAUGGUUCUGUUUCGGAAUGGGAUCUAUUUGACUUGAGACAAAAGGUUGUUGUUGAUUCUAUUGGUGUUUCUAUAUGGCAAAUGGCUGCACAACCACGGAUUACCCAACAACCUACUCAUAGCACAGAUUCAUUGCAUUAUGAAAAUGGCCACACAGGUCAUACAGACAAUGGUGAUCUUGAUAGCGAGAGCAGUGACAGUGGAAGUGAUGUUGAUGAUGGUGAUGAUGAUGAUGAUGACUCAGUUGAGCACUAUGAAGACCGUGUUAAUGAACAUAGUCACAUAGCCUUAGCGUGUGAUGAUGGAUGCGUACGAAUAUACAGCGUUUCCUCUUUAGAUGAUGUGGCACAUAAAAAAUCAUUGCCAAGGAUCAGUGGCAGAACAUUAAGCGUCACUUGGAGUACUGAAGGAAAUAGGAUAUUUUCUGGGAGUAGUGACGGGUUGAUUAGGUGUUGGGAUGCAAAGUUUGGUCAUGAAAUCUAUAGGAUAACAGUUGGUCUUGGAGGUUUGGGUAAUGGAACUGAACUUUGCAUAUGGUCUUUACUUGCUUUAAGGUGUGGUACCCUUGUAAGUGGUGAUAGUAAUGGGAGUGUUCAGUUCUGGGAUACACAGCAUGGAACUCUUUUGCAAGCACAUUCUUAUCAUAAAGGGGAUGUCAAUGCUUUGGCAGUCUCUCCUAGCCAUACCAGGGUAUUUUCUGCUGGCUCAGAUGGUCAGGUUAUCCUCUAUAAGCUCUCCACUGAUGGAAUUGAGUCUGAUGAAGUAAAUGUUUCUCCUGUAGUGAUGAAGAAUUGGGUUUAUGUUGGUUAUGUGAGGGCUCAUACACAUGACGUGAGGGCCUUGACAAUUGCUGUUCCCAUAUGCCGUGAAGACACAUCGUAUGAAGACAAGGUGAAGCGGCUUCGAGUUGAGAAAAAGCCCCUUGAGUUUAGUUACCACAAGUGGGCCCAUAUAGGGGUGCCAAUGCUGGUAUCAGGUGGUGAUGACACUAAACUUUUUGCAUAUUCUGCUAAGGAGUUUACAAAAUUUUCUCCACAUGACAUUUGUCCAGCACCCCAGAGACCAUCUGUACAGCUUGUGACCAACACCAUCUUCAACUCUACUUCUUUGCUCUUGAUCCAGGCUUCAUACUGGAUAGAUAUAUUCAGUGUUGGUGCGAGAAACUGUGUCUCUACUAACUGCACAUCUAAUCUUUCUGGAGGGGGUGCAAAAACAGAUCUGGUUGCCCGAAUCAAGUGCAAGGCCUCUCGGAAGAUUACAUGCAGUACAAUUUCGCCUUCUGGUGAAUUUCUGGCAUACUCUGAUCAUGUCAAGCCCAGCCUAUUGGAACUUAACCGAACUGGAAGUGGGAAAGUUUCUUGGAAUGUGAAUAAAAGGCAGCUUCCUUUAGAGUUGCCCUUUGCUCAUUCCAUGGUUUUCAGUCCCGAUUCUUCACAAUUGAUGAUUGCAGGGUGUGACAGAAGGAUAUAUGUUGUUGAUUUUGGAAAUAUGAAAGUGGUUCAUGUGUUCACACCUUGCAGCAAGGAUUAUGAUGAGGAGUUGCCACCUACUGAGCCUCCAAUUACCAGAAUGUUCACUAGCAAUGAUGGACAGUGGCUAGCUGCUGUUAGUUGCUUUGGAGAUAUUUAUAUAUUCAAUCUAGAAAUUCAGAGGCAGCACUGGUUUAUAUCAAGACUAGAUGGAUCAUCGGUAACAGCUGGUGGUUUUACCCCCAGGAAUAGCAAUGUCCUUAUACUGUCAACAUCUUCCAACCAGGUUUAUGCAUUUGAUGUGGAAGCUAAACAGUUGGGAGAAUGGUCUAUGAAGCAUACAUUUUCUCUGCCAAGAAGCUAUCAAGAGUUUCCUGGAGAAGUAAUUGGUCUCUCUUUCCCUCCAUCAGCCAACUCAUCUACUGUUAUUGUCUACAGUCCAAGGGCCAUGUGCGUAAUUGAUUUUGGGAUGCCGGUUGAAGUGGAUGAUACUAGUAAGUUGACGAACAGUCAGGAGAUGCUGUUGCGGAAGAUACAGAAUGGCACUCCUCUGAAUGGGAAAUUGAAACGGAAGAAAUCCAAAGGGAUGCCGGAAUUAGAGAGUCAAUGUUAUGGUAGAAACAAUUUUAUAUUUAGUGCGUUCAAAGACCCUGUUUUAUUUCUUGGACAUCUUUCGAAAAGUUCUGUGUUGGUCAUAGACAAACCAUGGAUUCAAGUGGUUAAAUCAUUGGAUUCGACACCCAUUCACAGACAUAUCUUUGGAACAUAGGUUUCUUGUCAUCAAAUUCAGAGAUCCUCUUCUGCUAACACACCAGCCUUCCCAAUAGGGAGAAGUCAAAUGUGCCAUCAACAUUCAAUACCUCAUCACUCAGUGCUGCAUCUUUGUUGUCCGUUUAUGUUGAAGGCGUUUUUUGUUUUUUUACUUUCUGUCUUAUGUCAUGUAAUGUGUUCCUCAACUUCUGAGAGCAAAUUUUGUGAUAAAUAUAUUCUUUGUUGUUCACAGGGUUAUCUGUCGCUCAAAAGAUGCCCACAAUAUAAAUAUAUGGGGUGCAUGCAAAUAUGUGCUCUGAUUAGUUGUUUAUUA